GAACAGAACACGACACACAUUUCCUCAUCCUUACUUUGACAGCUGAGUGGUUGGCUGUUCAAAAAAAAAAAAAAAAAAAGGAAGAAGAGGAGGAGGGAGAGAGAGGCACUUUACACAAUUACCAUCUUUAAACCUAUUGCACCUACCUACCUACCGGUACCUAUCUAUCUAUGAUACCUGCAAUACCAUACAGCACCUAAAAACACAACCAUCAUCAAAUUCAGCCGACAGACAAACGGACAAUCCAUCCAUCCAACUGUUCACGAUGGAGAAAUUCUCCCAAUUCCGUGACCGAGGCACCCAAAUAGCCCCCUUCCUCCCCAUAACCCCCCCCCGGAGCACUCUCCAAACCUUAGUGGGCCUGCUCCUCUUCGCCCUCCGUCUACCAAUAUUCCUCUCACUCCUACUCAGCUACCUCCUGGUCCUGCAACAUUUACCCAUUGGCGCUCUCUUACGGAAGUCAAUCCUCUGGUGCAUCCUCCUAACCUCAGGCAUCUGGUGGAUAGACCUACAGGUGGAGGGCGUAAGGAAGGGUUCCCUCUCCCGUCAACCGAAAUCAAAACUGCCCACACCCGGUUCCAUCCUGAUAUGCACGAGUACGAGUCCUCUUGACGCACUCUACCUAUCCGCCAUUUUCGAUCCCGUGUUUACAGUUUCCGCAGCGGGGAGUAGGCGUGUGCACGUGGUUGGCUUGCUGGGGGCUAUCAUGGCCGCUUUCGCCCCGCCGAGACUUACCAGCUCAUCGCCAGCGGCGGUGGCGGCGCCACCGCUCACCCUAGCGGAACUCUGUAAAAGGUACGGCGACACCAGAAUCAUUGCAGUCUUUCCCGAGGCUACGACAACGAAUGGUCGCGGGGUGUUACGCUUCGCACCGUGUUUGGAUACACUGCACGGGGAUAUGGAGAUCUUUCCUGUUAGUCUUAGGUACUCCCCCGCGGACGUGACCACGCCUGUGCCCGGGACCUACGGGUAUACGCUGUUUGCCCUGUUGGCUAGGCCAACGCAUUGCAUUCGUGUGAGGAUUGGGGAGGUGUUGAGGAAUGACGACGGAGGGGAGAAGGAGAAGGAGGAGUUGGGUGGGGAUAGCAGUGAUACGGUUACCGAUGGGCUUGGUGGUGGUGGUGGUGAGAAGGGGGGUUUGGAUAAGCAGAGCAAACUCAGCGAGCGUGGCGCCGAAGCCCUUGCCAGGAUCGCGAGAAGUAAGAGACUGAACCUUGGUGUCAAGGAGAAAAUCGCCUUCGUAGAGGCUUGGGGCAGGAAUAAGCGGGGGAGUAGUAGCAGGUACUAAUGCUAAAGGGUUGUCAUUUUACUAUCAAUAUGCAUGUGGAAAAAGUGCUAUGUGGUGGGUUUUUGAUAUCGAUGUUUCUCCUUAUUGACAUAAUCAUAGCCAUAUCUCAGUUUGAA